AAUCAGUCAGUUUUUUCUAUUAGUCACCAGACAUAUAAAAGAGCCAGCUUUCUCAUUAGAAGAAACUCACUACUUUGCUAAAAUGUCUCUGAAUCCUUACGGACCAAAUCCUUCGGACUAUUUGUCCAACGUCAGCAGCUUCGAGCUUAUCGAAUCAACCUUGAGAGAAGGUGAACAAUUUGCCAAUGCGUUUUUCACAACCGAAAAGAAGAUCGAAAUCGCCAAAGCCUUGGAUGACUUCGGUGUCGACUACAUCGAAUUGACUUCACCUGUUGCUUCUGAACAAUCCCGGAGAGACUGUGAAGCCAUCUGUAAAUUGGGAUUGAAAGCCAAGAUCUUGACCCAUAUAAGAUGUCACAUGGAUGAUGCCAGAGUGGCUGUUGAAACCGGUGUCGAUGGGGUUGACGUGGUGAUUGGAACCUCUCUGUUCUUGAGACAAUAUUCCCAUGGUAAGGAUAUGAACUACAUUGCCCAGAGUGCAGUGGAGGUGAUUGAAUUUGUCAAAUCCAAAGGCAUUGAAAUCAGAUUCUCCUCUGAAGAUUCCUUUAGAAGUGACUUGGUUGACUUGUUGAACAUCUACAAAACCGUUGACAAGAUCGGAGUGAAUAGAGUCGGUAUUGCUGACACGGUGGGAGGAGCCAACCCUAGACAGGUGUAUGAAUUGGUCAAGACGUUGAAAUCGGUGGUCAGUUGUGACAUCGAGUGCCACUUCCACAACGAUACCGGGUGUGCCAUUGCCAACGCCUACACGGCCUUGGAAGGAGGAGCCAAAUUGAUCGAUGUUUCGGUGUUGGGAAUCGGUGAAAGAAACGGAAUCACUCCAUUGGGAGGUUUGAUGGCCCGUAUGAUCACCGCCAACAGGGAUUACGUGUUGUCCAAAUAUAAGUUGCACAAAUUGAGAGACUUGGAGAACUUGGUGGCUGAUGCCGUACAAGUCAACAUUCCUUUCAACAACCCUAUUACCGGUUUCUGUGCUUUUACCCACAAAGCCGGUAUUCACGCCAAAGCCAUCUUGGCCAACCCUUCUACCUACGAGAUUUUGAACCCAUCUGAUUUCGGGUUGACGAGAUAUAUCCAUUUCGCCAACCGGUUGACUGGUUGGAAUGCCAUCAAGUCAAGAGUAGACCAAUUGAAAUUGGAUUUGACGGAUGAGCAGUGUAAAGAGGUCACCGCCAAAAUCAAACAAUUGGGAGACGUUAGACAAUUGAACAUCGAUGAUGUUGAUUCCAUCAUCAAAGAGUAUCACUCUUCUAUUGAUGAUAAUAAGGAGCCAGAUGCCAAAAAACAAAAGACCGAGUAGGUCAUGAUCGUAUGCAAAAAUCAAUGGAUAUUCGUAUU